AUGGAAAAGCAGCAGAGAUUAGCCGAGGCUGAAGCUACGGAUAGAGGCGAAGUAUAUGUGCCGCCUGCUGGAAAAAGAGCACGUACAAAGACAGAGAGUUUCCCCAAAAUAUAUCAACAAGAUAUAAUGGAUAUGGUAGAAGCUGAUACUGAGAUCAAAUGGCAGAAAUUGAUACCUGCAUUGAAGGCAUUGUACGUACGAGGGGAUAAUAGUCUUUCUGAAGACUUUCCAAAGGAUGGUAGGAUCAAGGCAAAACUUUCGUACUGCAAAACUAAGUCUAAGAAGUCACUUAUAAGAGUAACACUGUAAAAGAUCGAGCAUCUGAAUCUGAUCUUAUAACAAUCUAAUGACCAUUAAAUGACUGAUUUCGUCAACGUCGCCCAUAAUCCGAAGUGUACAGGUCUAUACUUCAUUGUACGUCUUUAUUGAUGUGGUUAAAAG